UAAAUUUUCAACCACAAAGAGAGGACAUUUAGAGCAGUAUGGUUGAGCUUUAUCGCAAACUUCCGCUGCAGUUACAAACCUAGUUGCGCAUGCGCACGUUUUACGUCCUUUCCUGUCGAUUUACGUCAGUUGUGUUCUUGUCAUCUUUUACGCUCGCUGCUUAGCAUUUUGGUCUUUUAGUCUGCAUUAAUUCCUUCAUUUGUACGUUCAUGCUUAUUUGUCAGUCGUAUGAAAAUCUACACUUUAUUAAAUAUUCUUGCAAGGAUGAAUUGGAUUGAGUGAACGCUGGAGCUUUUCGAGACAAGUUUAGCUUGCUAGUUAGCUUAGCUCUCUAGCUCCUAACAACACACACGUCGCUAAGCAGAAAUCAGGUGUGAGAGUAAAGUGUUGUGAUUGUGCGAACACGUGUAAAGUUCACAUGCUGAGAGAGUUUUGGGGAGACUAACUGCGUCUGAUGAAGGACGAGGAGGAACUUUGUCCAACAAAAGAGGAGAACAAUCAACUACUGGACGCUGUUUUCAAGAAACAUCAAGUUGUGUUACACAGAACAGUGUGAGCGGCACCGGGGGCAAGGGUGUAGUGUCCUGCCCAAGGACACAACGGCAGCGAUUUGGAUGUCAAGAGGCGGGGAGCAAACCUGCCAGCCAGCAAGGUGGAACAGGAAGUCAUCAAAAUGCUGAGGAAGAAGACACAAAGGCGUACUACGGUGUUGUGGACCUCCAGGAUGAUGCAGGAGGAGCUACAGCCCCCCCAUAUUAAAAAAGAAGAGGAUUUGACACAGUCCCCACGCAUUAAAGAGGAAGAAGACACCCCACAGCCCCACCACAUAAAAGAGGAGGCCCAACCGCCUAACUUUAAAGAGGAAGAUGAAGGGCCACAUCUCCCUCACAUUAAAGAGGAAGAGGAGGAACACAGCAUCAGUCAGGAGGGAGAGCAUCCUGAAUGGUUGGAGGAAUUGCCAUUGACUGUUAUUGUGAAGAGUGAAGAUGAUGAGGUCAAAGGUGAGAGUGAGGAAAAGAGAGAGGCGGAGCCUCCAAGCAGCAGCUCAACUCAACACAUGACAACAGAAGCUGAUGGAGACCACUGUGGAGGAUCACAAGCAGACAAGCUCUUAGCUCCACUAUCAGAUAGUGAGGACACAACGUCACACUCUCCUGACACUGAUGAUGAAGACUCUAAAGAUGAUAAGACAUGUCACACUGACAACACACACUUCACAUGUUCUCUCUGUGACAAAACGUUUAGUUACCGUUGCAAUAUGAAAAGCCACAUGAGAACACACACUGGAGAAAAACCUUUUUCAUGUUCAAUCUGUGGUAAAACGUAUUCUCAAAGGCACCAUGUCAAAGAACACAUGAGAAUGCACACUGGAGAAAAACCUUUUUCAUGUUCAAAAUGUGGUAAAAGCUUUCAACGAAACGACGUGUUGAAAGAACACAUGAGAACACACACUGGAGCAAAACCCUUUUCCUGCUCAGAAUGUGGUAAAUGUUUUGUACGUUGUAGCUAUUUGAAAGGACACAUGAGAAUACACACUGGAGAAAAACGCAAUACCUGUUCAAUCUGUGGUAAAACCUUUGUAGAAAAGCACAAUUUAAAAGUACACAUGAUAACACACACUGGAGAGAAACUUUUUUCCUGUUCAGUAUGUGGUAAACAUUUCGCACGGAAACAAUAUUUGAAAGAACACACGCAACUACACACUGGAGAGAGAACAGUUUCCUGCUCAGAAUGUGGCAAAGUUUUUACACAAAAAUAUAAAUUAAAAGUCCACAUGAGAACACACACUGGAGAGAAAGUGUUUAGUUGCAGUGUGUGUAAUGAAAGAUUCUCUUAUAAGAAGCAGUGUAAGAAACACAAGUGUGCUGGUGAGAACAGCAGCAGCAAAUGAAGAUGCAGGAUUUGAAAUAAA